AUGGGUGAUGUGGAGCUGGCAGCUGCAUCUCCUCAGUUCUCAUUUAUGAAUGUGUCCUCAAAGCAAGACAUGUCUCCAACAGACAUGCAAAUUUGUAAGCGCGUUGCGCCAAGUAAUAUUCCUAGUUCGCGAAUUCGAGAAUGCCAUUGUGAUGGACCAUGCGGAAAAAUUAAGCCUGUAAGCGAAAUGCACAUAAUGGGCCUUUGUGAUCAUUAUAUUUGUCAAGAUUGUUUCGAAAAAGCACCAGCCGUUGAAACUGCCGGUGGCUUUGGUUGCCCCAAUGUGCGUUGCUACCAAUCGGACCUGACAUAUUUGUGUACAAAUGGUCAUCGACGUCGUUGCAAACUUCAAGAAAUUAUCACCAUACCUUUGCGUGGGACGCCUAGAAAUGACAAGAGUGACCAAAGCAUAGUACCAACUGUGCUGAAAAGUAGACCAUGCCUUUAUUUGGUGGAAGUUCGCUUGACAACCUUCACUCCGUUGCGAAAUUCUGAUAAAGUAUGUCGUCAGCAGCAAAUUGUAGAAAUGUACGGUGACUAUACGAUGUUGCAGACACUAAAUAUAUUGAAGCAGUAUGAACGGCUCAGCAGUAUGGAUAUGGCAAAUCGUGUGUAUUAUUGCCCAAAUGGGCUCAUCAAUGAACGUUCUUCCUGGAAACACAUUCGAGAAGAAGAUCUGUUGAUGCCAAUUACAAAAUUUGGCCCAGAGGAUCAAUGUAUUGACAUCAUUUUCGAUUGUACUAUCCGCUAA